UGACAGAUAAAGCGCAGAGCGGACCUCUCUGUCAGAUCACAGCUUCUUCACUCACAGAGCAGACCGGUCUCACCUGUGGGACUGAUCCAAGAAUAUGAGGCUCUGUUCAUGGGCUGGAGCCUGGUGUCUCCUGCUAGUCCUGACUCUUCUGACUGUCCUUCAUGUCAAAGCAGACCAGCAUCCAGCCAGGGAGAGACACUAUUAUAUAGCUGCUGUUGAAAUAGACUGGAACUACUCUGGGAAUGACACACAGAGGUUUGGCCCCACCUAUAAGAAAGUGGUCUUUCGGGAGUAUGAGAAAGAUUUCAAACAGGCUAAGACUCAUCCCUCCUGGUUAGGGCUGCUUGGACCCACACUAAGGGCAGAGGAGGGGGAGACGAUUGUCGUCACUUUCAGAAACAUGGCGACUGGACUACACAGCAUCCACGCACAUGGGGUCGCCUACGGGAAACAGUCAGAGGGAGCCAACUACUUUGACAACACAUCACAGAGAGAGAAAGAGGAUGAUGUUGUGCGGCCCAACAGAGAACACGUUUACUACUGGGAAGUGACACCAGAUGUUUCUCCACAGCCAAAUGACCCAACCUGUCUCACUUACACUUAUGUCUCCCACCAAAAUGUUGUGGAGGACUACAACUCGGGUCUCAUUGGUACCUUACUCAUCUGCAAGCCUGGCAGUCUGGAUGAGUCUGGAAAACAGGUUGGCGUCCACCAGGAGUAUGUGUUCCUCUUUGGGGUUUUCGAUGAGAAAGAGAGCAAGUACAAGCCAAACAGCUAUGCCCCAGACAAGCAUGUGAAAUACACCAUCAAUGGAUUCACAGAGGGAUCACUACCAGAUGUCAGUCUGUGUGCCCAUGCCUCUGUGAGCCUACAUCUAGUGGGGAUGAGUUCAGAGCCUGAGGUAUUUUCUGUACAUAUGAAUGGGCAGGUGCUGAAGCAGAACGGGCAUAAAAUGUCAUCAGUGGGCCUGAUCAGCGGCUCCUCUACCACUGCCAGCAUGGUGGCUCUCCACACAGGUCGAUGGCUGCUAUCCUCACAUACCAUCAAGCACAUGGAAGCUGGCAUGCAUGGUUUUGUGGAUGUGACAAAGUGUGAUGGCUUUCAAGCUCCCAGGCGAAGGAUGACGAUUGAACAAAAGCGACAAAGCAAGGAGUGGAUAUACUACAUAGCUGCUGAGGAAGUUGUCUGGGACUAUGCACCUACCAUGAACGAACAUGUUGAUGAGGACUUCAAGUUACAGUACCUGAGACGGUCACCAACAAGCAUAGGUCCGAAAUACAAGAAGGCCGUCUACACGCUGUACAAAAAUGCAUCAUUCACCGAAAGGUCAGAGACCAAGCAAAGGAGGAAUGAACUUGGGAUCUUGGGCCCGGUGAUCAGAGCACAAAUCAGGGAUGUUAUCAAGAUAGUUUUCAAGAACAUGGCAUCCAGGCCCUACAGUAUCUAUCCACAUGGACUUACAAUAGAGAAGUCGGAGGAGGGAGUCAACUACCCAGCAGGAGGUAACCAGUCUCAUGGUGUUAAGCCAGGCGAGACACACACCUAUGUAUGGAGAGUGGUUGAAGAGGAUGAGCCUUUUGAUGACGACUCUCGAUGUCUGACACGCCAGUACCACAGUGCAGUGGACACGCCGCGUGACAUUGCCUCAGGAUUGAUAGGACCUAUCCUGAUCUGCAAGAGCCAGUCCCUCAAUGUCAGGAACGUGCAGCUGAAAGCCGACAAGGAGCAGCAUGCCGUGUUCACUGUGUUCGAUGAGAACAAGAGCUGGUACCUGGAUGACAACAUUCGCCAAUACUGCGAUCAAUCCAGAGUCAACAAGGCAGACCCAGACUUUUAUAAGUCCAACGUUAUGCACACAAUUAACGGUUAUGCAUUUGAGAGCGGCCCACUCUUAGGCUUCUGCAAUGGUGAGGUUGCAACGUGGCAUGUGUCCAGUAUUGGAGCACAGGACUACAUCCAGACAGCUACUUUCUAUGGCCAUACAUUUACACUGAAUGAGCGGACAGAGGACUUUCUCAGCCUCUACCCCAUGACUGGAGAGACCAUCAGUAUGAACAUGGACAACAUUGGUGUCUGGCUCCUGGCCUCCCUGAAUUCCCAUGAGACAACAAAAGGAAUGCGCUUAAAGUUUCAGGAUGUUGAGUGCUAUCGUGACUACCAGUAUGAUUACAGUGACACUGAUGAUCAAGCAGCAGGAAAAGAAUUUGACGUGUGGAAGCCUCCGAGCUUGGAUGAAAUAAAGAAAGAAGAGGAGAAGCCAAAACCUGUAAAAGAGAAACCGGUGGACCCAGAUGAUCGAACAGCAAUGUAUGCAGCUGAAUUAGGUCUCAGGUCUCAGAGGAUCCAAUCUAGUAGCACAGAUGUUGAGCAGCUGGACCUCUCUUUCCUCGACUACGAUGAUAAUGAUGUGUUUGAUGGAGAUACAAAUAUCACACUUAAUUUCACAGAGACAAAGAGAAAAAAUGAGACUUCUGUUCUAAAGCCUAAUGCACUAAAUGACACAUUAUUCCCAAACUGGAAAGAGUUGGAUGGACUAAACCUCACAGCAGUUAAUCUGCUAGCCCAAAGCAUCAGUGAGAAUAUAACACAUAUGCAAAACAGCAGUAUGCCAUCAACUUUUGAGAGUAAGCCACUAAAUAAAACUGUUUAUAAUCCAAAUAUGUUAUCAAAGAAUGACAGUUUAACAAGAAGUAGCAGUGCUUCUGCUAAUGCCUCAAAUUGUGAUAAUUUAGCAGUUUCUGACACAAACAACACAACAGUUCACAAUGUUACAUCAUCACCAGUGGUCAGAAAUGUAUCUGCAGGGAUUACCAAUCUUACUGUAACAGUACAAGAAACCAUCAAUUGUCCACAAAUCUUGGUGGAGAAACUCACUAGUGGGGAUGUGCCUCCACCCACUUCAAGCACCGACAAUCUCAACAGUGCACAAGAAGGCAACGUCACCUCUCUGUCACACAUUUUGAAAAAGCAAGUUAACCUGACAGCAGAUGGAUUAAACCAUUCAAUGUCUAUUCAAACGGCUGGAGAGGGUGACGUCAGCAGCACAGGCAGAUACAACAUGACCGUCUUGAUGAGCAUGUGCAACAAAACCAAUGGCAAUGACUCUCGGAUCACCACAGCAGAGCCUGGGUAUGGAAAAGAGAAUUUCUCUGAAAUUGUGACUAUUCCAGUCAACUCCAGCCUUGAAAAUGUAACUGAUGUUUUGCUCAAAACCAGGCCCUUACAGAAUGUCACAGUGAACACGUCCAUAUCAGAUUCAUCAUCAGAGAUGAUUUCGCACAAUCGAGAGAAUGUCACAGCUCUUAGUGGCGAGAUGAACCACACAGGUGUGGAAAGUUUCUCCAAUGAGACUUCAAUUAACCUGUCCCUCUCCAGAGAUGAGCAAAGUGCCUCAGAUAUCACUGAAGACGUAUUCAUCUACCUUAAAGAGAACAGUACAAAUUUGAUCAAGACCACCUCAGUCAAAACCCAGGGUCACAACUGGACUUACGAUGGAACUCAUCAAAUGGUACCCAAGGACAUUCCCGAUGACCUGAAAAAAUAUUUUGGGAGAGAAAUCCCUAAAGCAACUCCAACCCCAAAACAGAUCAGGAAGGUGAACAUUCGACAGCGGCCCCAGAAGGGCCAAGGCAUGAAAACAAGGAAGAGGAAGGAAUACAAGCCUCAGGCCAGGAGUGGCCUACCAUUCUCCCCUCGUGGAUUCAAUCCAGGCAUGACCCCACGUGGGUCACGACCCCAUGUGCCAAAACCUGUCUCUGAUGAAGAGGAGCUCAUUAACAUCCCUGUUGUUAUUGGUGUACCCCGGCCUGAUUUCAGUGACUAUGAGCUGUACGUUCCUGGAGAUGAACCAGAUCAUCAAGUGCUUGAUGGGCACGACGUGAGAGCAGAUGAAUAUGAGUAUGUGAUGUACAAAGACCCCUACAGCAGUCAUGAAGACAUCAAGAAUCUCAACCUGGACGACACCACUAAAUACUACUUAAAAAUCUUCGGCACAAAUGUCAAGACUUAUUUCAUUGCUGCAGAGGAGGUUGAAUGGGACUAUGCUGGCUACGGACAGAGGAGGCAAGAUAAGUUGCAACACAACAGCCGAGAAACCAAGUUCACCAAAGUGGUCUUCCGAAGUUACAUGGACAGUGGCUUCAGCACACCUGAAAUCCGUGGAGAGCUAGAUGAGCAUCUUGGCAUCCUGGGACCUGUCAUCAAGGCGGAGGUUGGACAAACCAUCAUGGUGGUGUUCAAGAACAAUGCCAACCGUCCAUACUCCUUACAUCCUAAUGGGGUUUCCUAUACCAAGCAAACAGAGGGUCUCAAAUAUGAGGAUGGCUCUAAGUACUGGUAUAAAUACGACAAUGAGGUUCAACCUGGUACCAACUUCACAUACAUAUGGAAGGUCCAGUCUAUGGUUGGGCCAAAGCCAGAGGAGUCUCAGUGUCGGACCUGGGCCUAUUAUUCGGGUGUUAAUCCUGAAAGAGACGUGCACUCCGGCUUGAUCGGACCUCUGCUGGUGUGUCGAGAGGGCGCCCUGAAAAGUGACUUAGUAGACAUGAGGGAGUUCACACUACUUUUCAUGACCUUUGAUGAGUCGCAGAGCUGGUACUAUGAGAAGAACCUUGAGACCAUGCAGAGGAAAAACCGAAGGAGAGUUAUGGACUCAAACUUCAAGGAGACCCUCAAGUUCCAUUCCAUCAAUGGCAUUAUCUACAACUUGAAGGGCCUAAGGAUGUACACCAACCAGCUUGCGUGCUGGCACCUGAUCAACAUGGGCUCUCCCAAGGACUUUCAGAGUGUCCACUUCCACGGACAGACGUUCCUUCACAAGAAGAUCACCAGCUACAGACAGGCAGUCUACCCCCUGCUGCCUGGGAGUUUUGAUACUCUGGAGAUGUACCCAUCCAAACCUGGCCUAUGGCAGCUGGAGACAGAAAUUGGUUUCAACCAACAGAAGGGCAUGCAGACCCUCUUUUUGGUUCUAGAUAACGAUUGCUACCGUCCACUGGGUCUACAGUCAAACAGUGUAAAAGACAACCAAAUUACAGCAGUCAACACUAGAGGAUAUUGGGAGCCCCAUCUUGCCAGAUUGAACAAUCAGGGUAAAUACAAUGCGUGGAGCACAGAACAGAGCUCCAGCUGGAUUCAGGUGGACUUCCAAAGACCAGUUGUGAUCAGCCAAGUGGCCACUCAGGGAGCCCGGCAGAUGUUCCAGUCCCAGUUUGUGACUAAGUAUGCUAUCUCCUACAGCACAGAUCGCAGGAAGUGGAUCUUCUACAAGGGCGACAGCAGGGACCUCAGGAAGGUAUUCCCUGGGAACCAGGAGGCCUAUGAAACAAAGAAAAACAUUUUCUUUCCUCCUGUGGUUGGACGGUUUAUUAGGCUCCACCCAAUCGACUGGUACAGCAAGGCUACAGUCCGCAUGGAGUUCUACGGCUGUGAGCUUGAUGGCUGCUCUGUGCCUCUGGGGAUGGAGAGCGGACUGAUAGAAGACCACCGCAUCACAGCCAGCUCCAUAGCUUCCAGCUGGUACUCAGGACCCUGGAACCCUGCUCUUGCACGCCUCAACAGACAAGGCACCAUCAAUGCUUGGCAGGCUAAGUAUAAUGACAUGAACCAGUGGCUGCAGGUAGAGCUGCCCCAAAUUAAGAAGAUCACAGGUAUCAUAACACAAGGAGCCAAGUCUCUGGGGACGGAGAUGUAUGUCAUCUCCUACUCUCUGCAGUACAGCGACAAUGGGAUACACUGGAACCAUUACACUGAUGACGAGGGCCUCACUUUCAAGACGUUUUUAGGAAAUACGGAUAACAAUGACCACGUGAAGAACUACAUCUACCCUCCGAUUUUCUCCCGCUUCAUAAGAAUCAUCCCCAAAAGUUGGAUGACUUCCAUCACCAUGAGAGUAGAACUACUAGGCUGUGACUUUGAAUGACACACACACACACACACACACACACACACACACACACACACACACGCACACACGCACGCAAACUGAAACAUAUGUCAUCUGAAUCCAGAUAUAUGCACAUUCGCUACCAAACAUAGGGUCAUGUAUGGAAGGAAAUGUUCUUUUUCAAAUUCGGUAAUCAGAUGCAGAAAGGAAUUUAGUGUUUUACAAAUGAAUACAGAGAAAAGUGAUUUAUUAUAUAAAUAUAUGUCCAGUUAACAUUAGUUUCAAAACUCAUAGGAGUACACUAAGUAUGAGUAAUCUUAACCAUAUUGUCAGUAGUUUGGAGGGUAUUUUUGAAAUACUAAAAGCUUUUUUAAGCUGAUAUAUGCCAUUUUUUCUCUUGAAAUGAAUAAAAAUGAAUGUAAAUAUGUAAGUAGAGAUCAUGUCAUUUAUUUUUCAAUAAAUAUGAUUACCAUUCUUAUU